AUGCGAGUACAGGAACGUUGGAAACGACAAGCGGAACGUGAACAAGCUAUAUUGAAGAGACAACGUGUCGGAUUAGAAAACAUAGAAACCUGGGAGCAAAAGCAUUGGAAAAGUCGACUUAAAAAGGAUAAAGACGACGUUGAUAGGCGUCCAAAUCCAGAACACGUUCAUGAUCGUUGCUAUUGCACUUCAUGUUAUGGAUCUGAACGUAAUGAUGUCUUAUUUGCUGGUGGCGCACAUUAUGUGAUACCACGUGGUUGGAUACGUUUAGGUGUCUGUGUUCAUCAAGUCAAGCAAGAACAUUUCUGGCGGUCAAUUACUCGAUGGUUCCAUCUUACCCAUUCGUCCUGUGGUCAUAUUUCUGGGCAGUAUUUCAUCUACACAUCAUCUACCAUUGCUUACGCUGAUCUUCCUGUUUAUGCUCCGUCGUAUGAUUUCACUUCAAACGAAGUUAAUCGAUACAAAGUGAAGUUCGCUCUGGUCUGCCGGCAAGAUCCAGAAUUAAUGAACAGUCAAGCGGAAACCAUGGACAGUCAAUCCAGAAGAAUAUGUCCCCACAUUCCAUAUUCAGACAUCGAAUAUUUCAUUAAAGCACGAGCGUCUUUAGUCACUUAUGACUUAUUGCUGCAUAUGAAACCAAUAAACUAA